CGUAGAGUAACAACUAUGAAAGACAAACAACCCUUUAAAUAUUCCUGUUUCCUUCUUCUUCUUCCUCCUCCUUCCUGCAAUUAAGAGUUGAAGAAAGUAAUACAGGGAAAGAUGGAUUGCUCCAUUUGCAGUUCAAUGCCGUUCAUAUUAAGGCCACCAAGGAAUACAAUAUGUGGAGCGUGCUAUGAAGGAGCUAGGGCUUUAAUCACCUUCGUUAAUAAGCUCGAAUCUGAUAAACCCACUACAAAUCCUCCCCUUAAUUCUCCACCAAGUCCCUGUAAGCCUCUUGCAAAUGUGACAAAAUGGAUGAAUCACAUGAAGGAAACAGAAGAAGAAUUGAACAAGAAGAUAAGUUUCUUGAGUGGCUUUGUUAUGGCUUUCAGAGAACAACUCCACACUGAUAUCUUUCUCAGACCUGGCAACAAUGGACCUCCUAUACCCGCCCAUAGAGCCCUAUUGGCAGCAAAAUCAGAGAUAUUCAAAAACAUACUAGAGUCAGAUGAGUGCAAAGCAGCAGCAAGCGACACCAUAGCCCUGCCAGAACUAAACCAAGAAGAGCUGGAGUCUCUGCUAGAAUUUCUCUACAGUGGCACAUUGCCUGCCGACAAAGCACAAAAACAUGUCUACCCACUGUUCGUGGCCGCCGACAAGUACGAGAUUCCUUACUUGCAGGAGUUCUGCGAGAGACACAUGUUGGCUUCCUUGUCUUCCUCCAAUGCUCUCGACAUCCUGGAGAUAUCAGAUCUCUGUUCCAACAAGACACUCAAGGAAACUGCCUUGAACUUCAUUGUCCGGAACGUAGACGACGUCGUUUUCUCCGCUAAAUAUGAAGCUUUUGCUCCCAAGAAUCCCCAUUUGUGCGUGCAGAUUACCAGGGCUUUUUUGAUUGAUUCCAAGAACAGAUCAAGAGUAUCCAACAGUGGCGUUUGAUAUUAAUUAUUACAAAUUUUAAUUAAUAUUUUUUC